UAUGUUCCUAUGCAUCGUCUGCAACUUAUCAGUUCUUUACAAGUUUUGGUUUAUGCCACCUCGAACUCUAUUGAUUUUCACCGAGUUAUGAUGUAGAGGUGCAUAAAUAAUUUAAAUUCGACGUCGAAGGAAACCAGAAAACAUUUUACACUGUUCCUCUGCAUAAAAUAAAAAAUGUGUACAGGAUUUAGAUCUCUUUCCUGGCAUUUGUCUACCUUGGUGUUGCUAAGCUGCUUACUUUUGGAUGUUCAAGGGACACUUUCUAAAAGUCAACGAGGAAAGAAAAAAAAGGAAUCAAAAGUUGAAGUUGCUGAUAAGAAUGUUGUGGAUAGGGGGCUUGUCACUAAAAGUUUAACAAUAAGAGAUAUAAUCAGAGAACAUUCAUUGUAUUUUGAUAGAGACAGGGAGGUAAAGAAUUUUGAGGGAGAAACUCUUGCCUACGUCACACCGUGGAACAACCAUGGUUAUGAUAUUGCUAAACUUUUUGGAGCAAAAUUUAACUUUGUUUCACCAGUUUGGCUUCAGAUAAAAAGACAGCCUGGUGGGGCAUUUCAAAUUCAUGGAACUCAUGAUGUUGACAAAGGAUGGAUCUCAGAUGUUAUACAAGGGCGCAAGACUCAAUUAGUUCCAAGAAUUCUUUUUGAUGGGUGGACAGCUGAUGAUUAUAAUGCAGUAUUUAAAAGUGAAGAUGCAAUGGAAGACUGUAUUGAAACAAUUAUUAACACAUUAAAGAAUUAUAAAUGGCCUGGGGCUGUGAUUGAAAUAUGGUCACAGUUGGGGGGAAAACAAAGGAAGGAGCUGGUACAUUUAAUAAACCAUAUGGGCGAGAUGUUCCAUUCUGCAAAUAAAGAACUUAUCAUUGUUAUACCUCCUCCUCUUUAUGGAAGAGAUGUGGAAGGCCUUAUUAGUAAAGAAGAUGUUGAUGCUAUGGAGAAAAAUGUUGACAAAUUUAGUCUGAUGACUUAUGACUUUUCUGGUCCAAACAGACCUGGUCCCAAUAGUCCACUGUUGUGGGUUAAAGAUUGUAUUCUAAAGUUGGCUCCAGAACAAGAUUCUUCAAUUAGAAAAAAGUUACUUGUUGGGCUAAAUUUCUAUGGCUUGCGUUAUGUUGUAAAUGAAGACAGUUCUUUAUCAAAUGGUGAACAUAUUAUAGGGACACAAUUUAUAGAAAAUCUAAAGAAAUCUAAGUCAUCUAAUAUUAACUGGAGUAAUCAUGCAGCUGAGCAUAGCUUUGAUUACACGGACAGUAAAGGUAGAUUCAGCAUGGUUUAUCCAUCUCUAAAAUCUAUUCAGGAUCGUCUCAAUCUUGCCAGAGAACUUGGAACUGGAAUCUCGAUAUGGGAGAUCGGACAAGGCUUAGAUUAUUUUUAUGAUUUGCUUUGAUAAACAUUUUAUUCAUCUUUUAAAAAAAAAAUAUAUCCAAGUAUAAAUUUUAAUGAACUCUAAUGUUGUAAUAAGGUAUAUAAUGAUGCUUAAUGAAUUUUGUUUUUAAAGAUUCAUUUUUGAUUAUGUAGCGGCUGUCUUGAAUAUAUGUAAUUGUGUGAAUCUGUGUUACAAGUGUUUGCUUUCGCUAAACAUUUUACUUUUAAUGUCAAAUUGUAUUAAAUGUUAAGCAAUUAAAUAUAUUUUUAAAAUAA